GUUAAAGGUCUACUGUUGCCUCAGCUAAAAGCACUGUAUUCCUGCGGAUGUAUAAAGGGCACCUGACAUGCACAUCUACAUUUCACAGUUUAUGUAAUUAAGCGAAUGUGCGCUCCACCAAGAACAACGCUGAAAAUGAAGCUUGGCCUACUUAUCCUGUCCGGAGGUAAAGAUGUUCAAGCAUGCAGAAACAUUGCUGGGUUUUUCUUUUUCCCCUGCUGUGGGCUUCUUGUUAUUAGGAUUGCAUUCAUGUUUGCAUCCCCUCACAUUUCUUAUCAUUUCUGACAAUUUGGUGUGGUGAACAGCAUUUCAAGUGUGAGGCGUAACACGUGCAGCCAUAACGUCCCAACGCCCAUCUUUGACGUUAAUUUUUUAUGAGUAAAUGGAUGAACUGCCUCCCCCUCUGUACGGAGGAAUAAACAUGCGCUUCCACAUUUGUAUUUGAAUUCGCCUGGCGAUCUGAGGAGGAAAUAAUUAGACGGGGAAACAUGGGAUGGUUUUGCUUAACAUAAAUAACCUCUGGAUGUUUGCUAACACUUAAAGGAAGGUGUUACAUUUGAAUCAGUGGAUAUAAAUGCAUUUCAUCCCAUUUUAAUGCAACAACAAUCUCGCUUUACAUUUAGCUGCUUUUUCUCUUAAUUUGUCCUAAAUAGGAGCAUGUGAUUUAAAUGUGGUUUAUAUUUGUAGACCAUUAAAUCUUAAUUGCAAUGAUCAGAUCUCUUUAACAUCUGUAGACGUAUGCACCCUAAACGAUGUUAUAUACUAAUGGGUUUUUCUUUUUUGCCACAACAACGUAGUACCAUAAUAUAAAAAAAUUAAGUGAAAUGUAGAAUUGACCUUUAAGGAUAAUAAUAAUCUUCAUGUAUGCAAAGAUAGAGGUUACAAUUAUUUGUAGAUUAAAUGUAUUUAUUUCUGGCUGUGUGGUCAACACCUAUCAAUAUUUGGUCAUUAGUUAAACACCGGCUUAAAAUACUUGACUGUUUAUCCUUGAAUACAAAUACUUAUUCAAAUAAAUAGUUAGAUUUUAUAGUGAAAGUAGCUAUUCCUGCUAAUCUGAUGUCCUGAUGGGAGAGGGGGACGCUGGCCACUCUGAUCUGGAAAAGCUCCUGUCUCUUUAAAUAUUCUUGCAGUAAUUCCUUGAACAUGCAUAUGGCCAUGAAAAAGAGAUAAAGCUUGAAGACAUCCACACAAACCAGGCUUUGUGAAUAAUACAGCAGCUGCUUCCUGUGUUUUACACCUGCAGAGAGGGAGGGAGUAGGGAGGCUGAGCCGAGUCCAGAACACACAGUCUGUCUGACGAGCAACAACAAGUUCUCUGCUCUUAUCUUUUUCUUCUUCCCUCCAUUUGUCUUAUAUCUGUUCUUCCUACCAACUUAAAAUGCCUUUGCACAUCUGGUGUAUAGUUUGGGCUUCUUCUCUCAUUUUUCUGCAUGGCAGGUCUGUGCUCUGUAAGGAGAUAAAGCUCCCCAGCAGGGCAGCCAAGCCACCCUCCCCGUCCGACUUUCUGGACAAACUUAUGGGACGCACAUCCGGCUAUGACGCCCGCAUCAGACCCAACUUCAAAGGUCCUCCUGUCAACGUCACCUGCAACAUCUUCAUCAACAGCUUCGGAUCCAUCACUGAAACAACCAUGGACUACCGGCUCAAUGUGUUUCUGCGACAGCAGUGGAAUGACCCCCGGCUGGCCUAUAAGGAAUAUCCGGAUGACUCUCUUGACCUGGACCCCUCCAUGUUGGACUCCAUUUGGAAGCCUGACCUGUUCUUUGCAAAUGAAAAGGGAGCUAACUUUCACGAGGUUACAACAGACAACAAACUGCUACGGAUAUUCCAGAGGAACGUCCUCUACAGCAUCAGGCUGACACUUGUCCUUUCCUGUCCCAUGGAUCUGAAAAACUUCCCCAUGGACAGCCAGAAGUGCACGAUGCAGCUGGAGAGCUUUGGCUACACCAUGAACGAUCUGAUUUUCGAGUGGCUGGAUGUGGGGGCCGUACAGGUGGCCGACGAUCUGACGCUCCCUCAGUUUGUGCUGAAGGAGGAGAAAGGCCUGGGCUACUGCACCAAGCACUACAACACAGGUAAAUUCACCUGCAUUGAGGUCAAAUUCUACCUGGAGCGUCAAAUGGGCUACUACCUGAUCCAGAUGUACAUCCCCAGCCUGCUCACCGUCAUCCUGUCCUGGGUAUCCUUCUGGAUCAACAUGGACGCGGCUCCGGCCAGAGUGGGACUGGGUAUCACCACGGUGCUCACCAUGACGACGCAGAGCUCUGGCUCCAGGGCCUCCCUGCCAAAGGUGUCCUAUGUGAAAGCCAUAGACAUCUGGAUGGCGGUGUGCCUUCUCUUCGUGUUUGCCGCACUGCUGGAGUAUGCAGCCGUUAAUUUUGUUUCACGGCAGCACAAGGAGUUCUUCAGACUGAGGAAGAAGCUCAAAGAGCAACAGCGUCAGAGAACUCAGGGAAGCAGUGACACUAAGGCGAAAGGAAAAAACAUGUCAGGCAACAAUACUCCUCACGGGAAUGUCUCCCAGCAGUGUUCCGCCUGUGCAAAGGAGGAUGAAAUGGCAAACCAGGGUUUCCUCUUCCAGAGUUAUGGACUUGCUCUGUCAUCAGUAGGUGUGGCGGAAAUGGAUGCACCGGUCUCUGCCGAUCUACCUCCUGGUUUGGGUUUCUAUGACAUCCGCAAGCGCUUUGUGGAUCGAGCAAAAAGGAUUGAUACCAUCGCCCGAGCUGUUUUCCCCAUGAGUUUCCUCAUGUUUAAUGUCCUGUACUGGCUCACCUACAAAGUUCUACGACAUGAAGACCUUCUAGCCGUGCCGUGAGGUCUCAAAGACUGGAAUCGCAAACACAGCGGAUACUUUAAAUCCUGCUUUCCUCACUGAAACAUUUACAGUCCUCAGCGGAGCCAUGCAGAUGCGUUGUGACUGCAUGUCCAGUGCCAUGGACAUUUCUAUGACAUGGACGCAUUCAUGGGCUUCUUUAAACUUUGAAUAAUUUAAAAGAAAUGCACUUUUCCCCCGCACUGAUGGUUUAUACAUUGCACAUCAGUGUACAGUACGCAUCUUAAGUAUAUCACCUCACUAUUUGUUAUGGGAAAUGUCUGUAUGGCCAGAUACUGUAGCUUCACUGUAGCACUUCCUUUCCAGGCAUACAUUUUUUAUUCUAAUAUUCCUGGUUUCAACUGUGUCCCAUAACAUAGGGUUCUUACCACCAAGACACAUAACAUGUCACGCAGGAUUUACACUUGCAACUUUGCUUUACAGGCCUAGGAAAUACAUUAAACGGAAAUAAAUACGUUUUAUUUUUAUUUUAUUAGGCUGCGGUCCCAGGAUGGAAUACUUUUUAUUUCUUUAAGAUAUGAUAUUUAUCAGUUCAAAUUUCUAACCCUCCUAUGUGCAAUACCAGCUGGAAUAAACAGUUUUUUAAAUGCGUUUCAAAUGAAGGCAUUUAAUGCCUAAAGAAGUGAUGGAUAUUGUCCAAAUAUUUUAUGAUGUUACUAUGUAUUGAUAUAAUGACAUUGCCAAAUAUAGUAGAUAUUGUUUGUAUCAUUAUUCAAUCUCAACCAAAAUCAGGGUACAUGGGAACAGUUUUCAUAUUGUGCUAAGUUCUCCUCAGGUUUGCACAAUGCCAGGUGUAUCGGUGUUUAACCCGACUAUGUAACACCCUGAGAAUUUGUUUUUCUUUUCUUUAGAAACAAAAA